AUCCAUAAUAAAAAAAAAAGACAAGUAAGUAAAGUGAAGAUUGUAAAAAAGUGGGGAAGCAUGGCAAAAUCUUCAGUUGUACUAAGUUUUCACGAGAUUUUGCUUCAUCAGUCAGAUGUAGCGCUUCUAAGUGGGCCGCAUUGGCUCAACGAUACCAUCAUAUCGUUUUAUUUUGAAUAUUUAGAAAAAUUGAUUUUUUGUGAAGCCAAAGAGCUCCUGUUCGUUUCUCCAGAAGUAACACAGUGUAUAAAAAUGGUUGAAACAAAUGAUAUUGGAAUUUUUCUGGAACCUCUGCAAAUCAAUACCAAGAAGUUUGUAUUCUUUGCACUGAAUGACAACAGUUCACCGGACACAGCUGGAGGUUCACACUGGAGUCUACUAGUCUUUUCAAGAAAUGAAAAUAGUUUUUUUCACUUUGAUUCUUCAUCUGGCAGCAACCAUGAUGUGGCAUGGGACUUUGCUAGUCAUUUAAUGUUGUACUUAUCUAAACAAGGCAAUAUCAAUUUUGUUGACAAGCAUUGUCAACAGCAAAGUAACGGCUAUGACUGUGGUGUCCACGUUAUUUGUAACACUGAGAAGCUGGCGCAGCAUGCAUACAGUCACGGAGACAUCAACACCUGUGACAUGUCCAUUCAAAUUAAUCCUAGUGCUAAAAGGAAAGAGAUUCUCAAUAUUAUAUCUAGUUUGUCGAAAUCAAAAUAAAUUGUGGUGCCAUGCUUGUAA